AUGGUUGGCGCCGGAGGCCACGCCCCCUCGGCCGCGCUCCCGGCGGCCCGUCCUCCGCGGCGCGAGCCCCCAAGUCCAGCUCGCUUCCCCCGGGCGCGUCCGGGCCUUCGUCCCACCGCCCUCCCGCUCGGCACGCGACUGGGUGUUCCCCCGACCCCCUUCUCCAUGGCGUCGCUUCUGUGCUGUGGGCCCAAGCUGGCCGCCUGCGGCAUCGUCCUCAGCGCCUGGGGGGUGAUCAUGUUGAUAAUGCUCGGAAUCUUUUUCAACGUCCAUUCCGCCGUGCUCAUUGAGGACGUCCCCUUCACCGAGAAAGAUUUCGAGAAAGACCCCCAGAAGAUCUAUGACCUUUACGAGCGAGUCAGCUACAACUGUUUCAUCGCCGCGGGCCUCUACCUGCUCCUCGGGGGCUUCUCCUUCUGCCAAGUUCGGCUCAACAAGCGCAAGGAAUACAUGGUGCGCUAGAGCAUCGUCGCGCCUCCCCUCUCCGGCCCCCUCCUCUAUUUAAAGACCCUCCCCGCCCUCCCACCCGCGUCCCCACUCCGGCGCCCCCUGCGGGACCGGGGUUCCCCUGCUGCGAGACUGAAUCCCCCGUUUCCCCCGCGGAGGGAGGCCGCGGCUGGCCGUUCCCGGGGCCUCCACAAUAAAGCGAAACCGCCCUCUUCA